AGAGGAUUCAAACUUGGAGGUAUCGGGCCUCGUGAUGGUGACGAUGCUGCUGGUGGAGAGGCUUACUGGGCAGCUGGCUUGAGUGCUGUGGCAGCCGUACCGGGAAUGAUGGACAAACCGAUCAAGGCACAUGCCUUCGUGAAUGCAGGCAACUUGAUCAAGUGGUCGACAGGCACGUCAUACAGCAAGACGAAAGAUGCCCUACUCCUCAAUCCUCGUAUUUCAUAUGGUGUUGGUCUCAUCUUCCAUCACCCUGCCGCAAGGGUCGAAGCCAACUUUUGUUUCCCUGUACAGUUCUCUGGAGGCGACCUUGAACAGGCUGGCUUCCAAGCUGGCUUUGGCAUCAACUUUUUGUAGAGUCACGCUCAGAUUAUAGAGCAAGAAACAGACACGUGAAAAUCUAUCUUCUUCAAAUGACAGAAAUAAAUUGCCAGCCCUUAUUGCCUUUGUUACUUUGUAAAACCCGUCUCGUCAGUGUUCAAAUGUCCCUUAUACUGUCGACUCUGACUGAGAAAGAGACUAUCAAACGACAUUUAAAUGACUCCGCAAUCGUCGAUAAGAAUUCAAUGGCCAUGGUCGCUUGGCCAAACUCCAUGUCUCCGCUAAUUCAGUCGGCCCGAUCCAUUUCCAAAGACGUUGCAAGCUAUUGGUCAGAGAAAUUAUAUCGAAGUUUGAUCAAGCCAUCCGACCCUACCGUGUACUACAAGCAUCUGCUUACGGUUGCUACUAACUAUGAUCAAUGGGCAGAGGCCGCCACCAUACUUGACCAGCUUGAAGGCUUGGAGGAUUGGAAAAAGGAUCCAAAAUCUGACGUUUAUGAUUGGGAGCUUUUGCAAACCCGAUUGGAGCAACUUCGAAAUGUCAGGGCAUCCAAUGAUCAACUCUCCAUGAUAUUUGCGCUACGAACAAGCUUGGCUCGAAAUUUAGGUGACAUGGGUUGCUCCAAGCUCUACAGCUACACUAAUAUAGGCACAAAGGAUUUGAUAUCUGAGUACAUUGACGAAGUUGUGACGCAGCUGAAUUGGAUUUGCGAUGAGCCUGCUACCAUUAUAGAAGACGGCAAGGUGUUUGAUCUCAAAGCAAAAUAUGAUUUUUUCUUGAACAUCCGACAGAGCUUCGGUCGAACGUCUUUGUUAUUGAGUGGUGGUGGAACUUUAGGCUUAAACCACAUUGGCGUCAUAAAGUGCCUCUAUGAAGCAAAGCUACUGCCACGUAUCAUAUCAGGAGCGUCUAGCGGGAGCAUCAUGGCGGCGCUGCUGUGCACACGAACCGAAGAAGAAAUACCCCAGCUUUUUGAUCCCCUCAGCGUUAAAUUGGACGUAUUCGAGAGGGAUGGCCAACCCGAUACCCCAUUAAUGCGACUGGAGCGCAUGCUGCGAUACGGCACGCUGUACGAUGUUGAUAUUUUAACAGACGCCAUGCAAGCUAAUUUAGGUGACCUGACUUUUCAGGAAGCAUUUAACCGAACGAGAUGGAUUUUGAAUAUUACUGUGAGCUCAUCCACCCUGUAUGAUAUGCCGCGGUUACUGAACUACCUCACUGCACCCAACGUGCUGAUAUGGUCAGCAGUCGCUGCUUCGUGUGCAGUUCCACUAGUAUAUGGCUCGACUCAACUGUAUGCUAAAGACGCUAGCGGAAAAAUAAUCCCUUGGAACCCAACCGGUCAACUUUACAUUGAUGGUUCUGUGGAAAAUGAUUUGCCAAUGAACAAGCUGUCGGAGUUAUUCAAUGUCAAUCACUUUAUUGUCUGCCAAGUCAACCCUCAUGUCAUUCCUUUCUUACAAACGUCACUCACCACGACCAAGGGUAAACAGUUUGCCAGCUUCUGCAUGUCUAUGGCACGAGGGGAGCUUCAGCACCGUUGUACGCAGCUGACGGAAUUGGGAGUAAUGCCUUCCUUAUUCUACAAACUGCAAGCUAUCAUGUCUCAGCGGUACAGCGGGGAUAUCACCAUAGUGCCUGAGAUUGGAUACUCUGAGUUCUUGAAAGUACUGUCCAAUCCCACUCCGCAGUCGGUCAUGGAAGCUAUGAUUCGCGGAGAAAAGGCAACAUGGCCUAAAAUGUCUAUAAUCAGAAACCAUUUGCAGAUAGAGUUGACCAUUGACGCCAUCAUCUAUCGCAUGAGGUUGCGCAGGGUACUGGAGGAAGAUAGACAACAUCUCAAACCAGACCCCGAAUCUGAUCUCAUAGCGAAUAUUCUAAUGCAGUCGCUCGAUGAUGAUCGAGACAGACGAGCCCGUCCCAACCAUAAUCUUUCGCCUACUCAAGUCCCGCGCUACAUUGACGGUAUUCGUAGUAGCAGAAGUACCCCGAACAUGGCCAUAGAACAUAAGCGCUCAACGCGCAGCGGCCAUCUCAGCUUGGCCAUGACCAAGACCGACCGCCGGAGGUGAUUCAAUGUGCAUGUGAUCCGUUGGCUGUUCUAAGAUUUGUACAACUGCCGGAGCGACACCAAAAGCUUGAUUGUUUCGACUUUUUGUAGUAGAUUUCUCUUCAUAAAUGUAUAUAAAGUGGUAGUCAAUCCACAGAGGGUGCAAUCAUAUUUAUGUGGUUAGAAGAAGGCAAAACUAAAAUAGAUCAGGGUUUACAAAAAUGAGUGGGAAUGUAUGCGUGAGGGUUUCGUUG